UUAGCAUCUGUGCCUGUAUCCCAUUAUCUAUUGCACUGUUUUCUUUCCCAGGAAAAAAAAAAAAAAAAAACAAAGAAUUCUACACUCCCUUUCACUCUGUUUGGUCAGUGAGAUACCAAGGGAAGAAAAGAAAGGAAAAGAAAAGAAGCCAGGAGAAAAACGUUCAUAUAAUCACAUUAAUGAUAUAGACUUAUCCAAUUUCUUAUCAAGUAGAGUGCUCUUUUGCGUGUGUGUAUAUAUAUAUAUAUAUCUGUGAAUGGACAGAAGCUCAAGCUCUUUGGAAAUAAGUGAAAGAAUCUGUGCAGUGUUUAUACCUUUAAUCGGUAUUAUACAAGCUGUGGUAUUGAGUUUUACUGCUUGCUUUGAUCGCCACCUUCCUCCCAAGAAGCUCCAAUACACCAUUGAUGACCUCCGUAGGAUAGCUAGCAACUCUCUCUUUACAGUCAAUGAAGUUGAGGCAUUGCUUGAGUUGUUCAAGAAGUUGAGCAGUUCUGUUAUUGAUGAUGGCCUUAUACACAAAGAAGACCUCAAAUUGGCCCUGCUGAAAACUCCAGCUGGUGACAACCUCAUCUUGGACAGGUUAUUUGCUCUUUUCGAUGAGAAGAAAAAUGGGGUAAUUGAAUUUGAAGAAUUUGCCCAUGCACUCAGUGUUUUUCAUCCUCGCGCUCCCAUGGAGGCUAAAAUUGACUUCGCAUUUAGGUUGUAUGAUUUGAGACAGACUGGUUUUAUCGAGCGGGAAGAAGUCCGGCAGAUGUUAAAUGCCAUUUUGUUGGAGUCUGGGUUGCAGAUCUCAGAGGAAAGUCUUGAAGUUAUCAUUGACAAAACAUUUGCAGAUGCUGAUGCUGACAAGGAUGGUAAAAUUAACAAAGUAGAAUGGAAGGCAUUUGCUACUCAGCACCCAAACCUCUUGAAAAAUAUGACACUUCCUUAUUUAAGGGACAUCACCACAAUGUUUCCCAGUUUUAUUUUCAACACAGAAGUUGAGGACUGAGUGUCGUUGCUGCCAAUUUUUGACGAGGUCAGAUGCUGAAACACGUCUGGCAAGGCUUUAAAUCCAUGAUGACUAUUCAAAAAUGCUUUCAGCUGGCAACAGAUUUUGGAUUUUGCUUGGAACCUGUUUAUGUUCAUGUUGCCUUAACAAGAGUGACUUGAGUUUUAAUUGGAUGGUAAUGGCAUGACUGGAAUCGCAAGUAGGUCAAACCCAUGGCAUGCCUUCCUGUAACUCAUUGUAAACUUGUACAAUGUUUGGGUUUUUUUCUUUUUUUAAAGACAUGUUAUAACAGUAAAUUUAAAAAAAAAUUAGUAGAAUUACCCGAUAUCUUUUAUGAAAA